GUGUCUCAGGGGGAGAUGAAUGAGGAGUAUUAGCGGAAGAAGUCACCUUGUGACAAGCGCGUGGACACAAACAGCGGGUGAGCAGCCGGUGAUGUGGGUGCGAGGAGAUAUGUUUGACGGAAAACCAAGAGUCCGGGCUGGAGGUUUGGUUCAGGAGCGGCGUUACUGAUGAGAACGUGGUGAGGAUCCAGAGUGGAGAACAUAGGAGUUGGAGGCCACAAAGGCGAGUCCCCGUCCCAGUUACAGUUGGUGCUGAGUAGAUGGAGAGUUUCCACUGGGUCCAGCAUCGCUGUCGACAGCUGCUGGGGGCGGACUUGGGCCGAGGCUGGUACUCCGUUCCGGAUGGCCUGUCCAAUAAAAGUCCGAUAGACGCCCACAGUUCCCCACACAGAGCCAAUGGGAAGAGGAGAACGGUGCUCGCUCGCCAUGGCCCCCACCAACAGGAAUAUGAAGCUGUAUCCAAAAAGUACCUGGGCAAUGCCAUCCGGACCACCAAAUACACCUUGUUGACCUUCAUUCCUAUGAACCUGUUCCAGCAGUUCCACAGAGCUGCCAAUCUUUACUUCCUGUUCCUGGCGCUGCUGAACUGGGUCCCGGUUGUGGAAGCCUUUGAGAAGGAAAUCACUAUGAUUCCUCUGCUGGUGGUCCUCACAGUUAUCGGCAUCAAAGAUGCUCUGGAAGACUACAGACGCUACCGUUUCGACAGGAAGGUCAACAACAACCUGGUCCGAGUCUUCUGUGGGACUCAGAAAUCCUACAUGGACCGGUGCUGGAAGGACGUCCGGGUCGGGGACUUUGUCCGUUUGUCCUGUAAUGAAAUCAUCCCGGCCGACCUGCUUCUGCUGUUCUCCUCGGACCCUCGUGGGGUCUGUUACAUCGAAACUGCCAACCUGGAUGGGGAGACCAACCUGAAACAGAGACAGGUGGUUUCAGACCUCCCCCUGCAGGGAGAAGAGUUCACCCCUGAGAGCUUCCACAGCCGGAUUGAGUGCGAGAACCCCAACAAUGACCUCAGCAGGUUCAGAGGUUACAUGGAACACUCCGGGGUUCGAGUGGGUGUCCACAGCAGCAACCUGCUGCUGAGAAGCUGCACCAUCAGGAACACGGAGACGGUGGUCGGCAUCGUGGUCUACGCUGGUCACGAGACGAAGGCCAUGAUGAACAACAGCGGGCCGAGAUACAAGCGCAGCCGUCUGGAGAGACGUCUCAACACCGACGUCCUCUGGUGCGUCUUCCUCCUCAUCGUCAUGUGUCUCUCUGCUGCUGUAGGUCAUGGACUCUGGCUGAAGGACCUCAGAGAUCCGGUCUUCCAGGUGGAUGGGGAGACGUCUCCAGUCCUGGCCGGGUUCUACGUCUUCUGGACCAUGAUCAUUGUCCUACAGGUCCUGAUCCCCAUCUCCCUCUACGUGUCCAUCGAGAUUGUUAAACUGGGUCAGAUCUACUUCAUCAACAACGACUUAGACCUGUACAACGAGGAGCUGGACUCCAGGAUCCAGUGCCGGGCCCUGAACAUCACAGAGGACCUGGGUCAGAUCCAGUACCUGUUCUCUGAUAAGACGGGAACGCUGACCGAGAACAAGAUGGUGUUCUGCCGCUGCAGUAUUUACGGGGUGGACUAUCCUCACAAGGAAAACGCUCGGAGGUUGGAGGUGUACGAGGCGGAGAGGGCGGAGGUGUCCGGCCGCUCUGCCACCCUGAAGUCGGGCUGCAGCAGGAAGUCUCUGAGCUGCCGCUCGCUGAGCUGCAACCGGAGCUCCGUCUCUCUGCACACGCUCACCGCUGAGUCAGCGGAGGACGAGGACCAGCUGUCCAAUCACGUUCAGGCGAAGACCGGCGCCUUCUGCAGCUGCACGGCCAAGGACGUGGUGCCGGACCCGGAGCUGGUGAGGAAGCUGGACUGUCUGUCUUCUUCUUCGCUGCGGGAGGACUCUGUGGAGACGCCGUCCAGCCUGGAGCUGUCCUACAUCACCGACUUCUUCCUGGCUCUGGCCAUCUGUAACAGCGUGGUGGUGUCGUCACCCGGCCAGCCACGCCACGUGGUCCCUGAAGCUCAGACCCCUCUACGCUCUCUGGAGGAGAUCAAGCUGAUGUUCCAGCGCCUCAGCUUCUCCCCAUUCUCCCCCCUGUCGGCCCCCCAGAUCAGAGGUAGCCCCCGCAGCUUCACCAGCAGACUCUUCACCCGGGGGAAGACCGGCUCCUUCACUUUUCCGACCCCCCACACCAACGCCGGCGACGGGUCAGAGCCGGAGCCGGAGAACAACCAGGAAACCUGCAAACUGAAGAUCAGCCUGGAGGAAGAGGAGACAGCUCAGGGGGAGGACACGGUGGAGGAGGCGGAGCAAGAGGAGUGUGAUGAUCAGCUGCUGUAUGAGGCGGAGAGUCCAGAUGAGGCUGCACUGGUCUACGCGGCCCUGGCGUACCGCUGCACCCUGAGGGGCCGCUCGGCCGAGAGCCUCAUGGUGGAUCUGCCGGGGAUAGGCUCUCUGGUGGUCCAGCUGCUCCACAUCCUUCCUUUUGACUCCAACAGGAAGAGGAUGUCGGUGGUGGUCCGACAUCCUCUCACAGGACAAGUCGUGGUCUACACCAAAGGAGCAGACUCCGUCAUCAUGGACCUGGUGGAGACCCCAAAAGGUAGACGACAGGUUGAGGACGUGCCCAACCACAUCAGAGAGCAGACCCAGAGACACCUGGACGGCUACGCCAGGGACGGACUCCGGACACUCUGCAUCGCCAAGAAGGUCCUGGAGGAGGAGGAGUACGAGGCAUGGAUGAAGAGGCAGCUGGUGGCUGAGAGCAGCAUCGAGAACAGAGAGGAGCUUCUGCUGGAGUCGGCCCAGAGGCUGGAGACAGAGCUGACUCUGCUGGGAAGCACCGGGAUCGUGGACCGGCUCCAGGAGGACGUCCCAGAGACCAUCCAUGCUCUCCAGAGGGCCGGCAUCAAAGUCUGGGUCCUCACUGGAGACAAGCAGGAGACGGCCGUCAACAUCGCCAACGCCUGCAACUUCUGCGGCAGUCGGACCACACUGCUGACCGCCAACUGUGGAAGCAAGGAUGCAUGUGCAGCUCUCCUGGAGGACCUGAUGGAGGAGGUCCAGCGUGUUGGAGACAGCUCAGGUGACCGUGAGGACAACUCGUCCUCGGAUGGCGGUUUCAUCCUGGUCAUCGACGGGCGGACCUGGACUUCGCUCUGCAGGAGGACCUUGAAGAGCAGCUUCCUGGACCUGAGGUGCCGGUGCAGAGCGGUUAUCUGCUGCAGGUCCACACCGGGCUUGCAGAAGAGCCAGGUGGUCCGGCUGGUCCGGGACCGGCUGGGUGUCAUGACGCUGGCUGUGGGUGAUGGAGCCAACGAUGUGAGCAUGAUCCAGGUGGCUGAUGUGGGAAUCGGAAUAUCGGGUCAGGAGGGGAUGCAGGCCGUCAUGUCCAGCGACUUCGCCAUUUCCAGGUUCCAGCACCUCCGGAAGCUGCUGCUGGUCCACGGACACUGGUGCUGCAGCCGCCUCACCAACAUGGUCCUCUACUUCAUCUACAAGAACGUGAUGUACGUCAACCUCUUGUUCUUCUACCAGUUCUUCUGUGGUUUCUCUGGGAGCGUCAUGAUCAACUCCUGGGUCCUGAUCCUCUUCAACCUGGUCUUCACCUCCGUCCCUCCUCUCAUCUACGGCGUCCUGGACCAGGACACGCCUGCUGACACUAUGAGCAACCUGGUCCCCCUCCAUCCUUCCAGCUAUUAACCCACCUGCUCUGUUUCCUUUCAGGUUUUUGCUCCCUCCAUGUUCUGGAUCACGAUCCUGGACGCCUUCUACCAGAGCCUGGUCUGCUUCUUCGUGCCUUACUUUGCUCUGGCGGGUUCGGACGUCGGGGAUCUGUCCUUCGGCUCGCCCAUCAACACCUCGGCGCUCUUCAUCAUCCUGCUGCAUCAAGUCAUCGAGAGCAACACGCUGACGUGGAUUCAUGUCCUCGUGUUGGUCCUCAGUGCCGCCUCCUACUUCGGCUUUCGUGCUGCUCUUCAGCCUCUUCUGUGUGGGUCUGCAGCCAACCCCACCAACCCGCUGGGGGUGGAGACGCUCCAGAUGUCCCAGCUGGCUUCUACAUCAUAUGUGUCCCUCACCAUUGUGACCGCUCUGUUACCAAGAUUGUUGUUCCGGACGCUCCACAAAUCCUUCCAUCCGUCUGCAUCUCGGAGAGACGAGGGGGACACGGAGGAAUACCGGCGGAGGAUGCAGCGCUGGAACCAGAAGCACUCCAGAACCAGCAGGCUGCCGGUUUGCGUGGACAACCCGGGUCUGGAUCCCAGCGUGGACCAAGUGAUGUCCUGACAUCCACUACCACUUCACUCCCAUCGCAGUGGGAUGGUCGAACCAGACCAGCCCGGUUUGUCUGAACUCUCUCGUUAUGAAGUCUGAUGAAACUGAGAACCAGAACCACAGAGUCCACAGAGACCCCAGAAACCGUCGUCAGCCGGGAACAGUACAGACCGGUUCUGAUGUCCUCCGUGAAGACUCAGCUGCUGCUGCCUAGAAUGUGUUUACUUCCUGUCAGCUGUUUGUUUGUUCAUGUUUAGGUCCGUCCGACAUCGUCUUCGGCUUCAUGAAGUCCGGCUAAAAACUUCCUUUAAAAUUAUUUUAAGACUUUUUAAGUUUUAAAGCAUAAUAAGUGGAAACUGGACUUGGAAGUUUCGGUGGCGGCAAGUUGCAGAUCAGCUGAUCUGUUUUUAUGACUCAGCUGUUUUUAAUCAUGUUACAAUAAAAUGAUUCUGAUGUUUUUUGUUUUUCAUUUCCA